AUGAAAUUGAUUCUUAUCGCUCUUUUGGGAUUAACACUCACACAAGCUAUUUUUGUUAAAAGAUCCAACGACCCAAGCAAGGCAGUUUUCACAUAAUUAGAAGCAAUGGAAGAACAUGAAUUGGGAAGAAAAUUAUUGGACACAAUUGCACUCUAAUUGAAUAACAAGGCCCCAUUGGGAGACAUCGCUAAAAUGUUACAAUAAUUGAGAGAAAAUCUUAUCCUCAACCAACAAGAAGCUGACCAAAAGCACGCUUAAGAUGAAGUUGAUUGCGAAACAGAAAUCUACCAAUAUAACAGAAGAAUUGACUUCGCUUCCAACGAAAUCACUGAAUCAACCCAAGAAAUCUAAAGCCUCAGUGCCAAGGUUGAACAAUUGACUCAAGAUGUCGAAGAUAAGACAGUCUAAUUAGAUAUCUUAAACGAAUAAGAAACAUAAAUCAGAGAAUAAAGAGCUGAAGAUGCUGAAAAUUUCAAGAAGUUUGAAAAUGAAACAGAAAAUGUCAUUGAAGCUGUCGAAGUCAUUAUCUAAAGAUUGAGCUCCAUCCAACCAGAUCAAGAAGUCUUGGCUGCCUUGACACAAUUGAAUAAGAUUGGUGCAACCAACCCAAUCCUUGCACUUAUGUAAGUCGCUUCAACCUUCUCAGCUGAAUAAUUAAACAAUGUCAUCAACAAGUUAGGUGAAGUCAGUACUUAAUUGGCUGAAGCUCUUGAAGCUGCCAGACAAACAGAAAUCUAAGCUUAAUUAGACUUCGAAGCUUUGGUUAUUGAAAUUGGCUCAUAAAGAGAAUCCUUGAGUGCUGCCAGAGAAGAUUCUCAAAGAUAACUCCAAGAUAAUUAAUAAGCUUUGGACUUAUAAAAGAAGAGAAAGGAAGAUGCUACCGACGAGUUGAACGCUGCCUCAUCAGGAAAGGAAUAAAAGGAAGCUGAAUGCGAUGCAUGGAGAACUCAAUAUGCUGAAGAAUCUGAACAUAGAUAAUAAGAAAUCUCUAUCAUCAGAUAAGUUGAAGAGAUCUUGGCUACCAAACUAUCCAAUGUCAAGGUUUAUCUUUAAGAGAGAUCAUCAGCAUGAUAACAAUUUAUUUCUUAAAAAAUAUAUUAAGCAACCCUCAUUUUAUAUUCUUUA